AUGGUGACAAAGGUCCUCUGUGUGGCUGAAAAGCCGUCCAUCGCAAAGGCCGUGGCGAACCACCUUGCUGGGGGCCAGGUGACGGUUCGAAACGUAACAGGCAACCAAUAUCUCAAAAACUACUGCUUCCACUACAACUUCCCGACAUGGGGCCCUUGCGAUGUCAACAUGACCUCCGUCUUCGGCCACCUCCAGAGCCACGACUUCGCUGAUCAAUAUCGGUACUGGAAGUCCUGCGAUCCUUCCCAGCUGUUCGAAGCCAGGAUCGAAACCUCCGUUGACGAAUCCAACAAGCCUGUCGCCAAGAACAUCGAGACACAAGCUCGCUACAGCUCGAUCCUCUACAUCUGGACCGACUGCGAUCGCGAAGGCGAGCACAUUGGUGCAGAGAUUCGUGAUGUUGCGGUCAGGUCGAAUCCGCGGUUGGGGGAGCGUGGCAAGACGGUUCGGGCGAGAUUCUCCAACAUUGAGCGAGCGCACAUCAUCAAUGCUGCUCGAAGUCCGGUGCCGCUGGAUGAAGCGCAGGCAAAUGCCGUGUCUUCAAGAAUUGAGCUGGACCUGCGGACUGGUGCGAGCUUCACUCGAAACUUGACUAUGAGUCUGCAAGGCAUGUUACCGCAACAAGGGGACGGCCAGAAAAGUCAGGUCAUCAGCUACGGCAGCUGCCAGUUCCCGACGCUGGGAUUUGUGGUUGAGCGCUACUUUCGAGUCAGGAACUUCGUGCCGGAGCAGUUCUGGAGCAUCAAGGUCAUGCAUGAAAAGAACGGCAUCAAGGUCAACUUUCGAUGGGCUCGAAACCACCUCUUCGAUCGCAUGGUCGUGGUGGUACUCUUCGAGCGCUGUCUGGCGGCCAAAAAGGCGAAAGUAGACAAGGUCCAGACCAAGCCAACAAGUAAGUGGAAGCCGCUGCCACUCACCACUGUCGAGCUACAGAAGUGCGGUAGUCGAUUCUUGCGCAUGGACAGUCACCGCGUGAUGCAGGUCGCCGAAUCGCUCUACACCAAAGGCUGGAUCAGCUACCCUCGUACAGAGACCGACCAGUUCGAUCGAGGCAUGAACCUUCAAGCUCUGGUCCAGAAACAGACACAAAGCCGAACCUGGGGACAGUUCGCGCAAGGACUGAUGAACGGCGGCUUCGCACAACCACGAGAUGGCCGCAACAACGACAAAGCUCAUCCGCCCAUCCACCCCGUAAAUUUUGUCGAACAGACUGCUCUUAGCGCGGAAGAAGCCAAGGUCUACGAGUUCGUCGCUCGCCGCUUCCUAGCUUGUUGCAGUCAAGACGCCAAAGGCUCCAAGACAGAAAUCGGGAUCUCGUACGGCCCAGAGACGUUCAAUGCUUCCGGCUUGACAGUCCUCGAACGGAACUACCUCGAUGUCUACCCCUAUGACAGAUGGACAAGUAGCCAAGAGCUCCCGCAAUUUCGAGCAGGCGAGGAAUUCGAGCCAACUGAAGCGCGCAUACAGGACGGCAAGACGAGUCCGCCUGGCUACCUUACCGAGCCUGAGCUGAUUGCGUUGAUGGAUGCGAAUGGAAUCGGCACGGAUGCCACAAUGGCCGAGCAUAUCAACAAGAUCAAAGAGCGCAAGUACGUCGACACUCGACCACGGGGUAGACGGCCACGGCAGGAUGACAAUGAUGAUGAGGCCUCAGAUUAUGAGGCGCCCGCCGAGCACGAAGCAGAACCAGCUCGAGGUCGAGGACGAGGACGCGGGAGAGGUCGCGGCGCAGCUGGACGAGGAAGCGCAGCCGCCAAUGGUCGCAACUCUGGCACUUCGGGGGUGCAAGAGUUCAUACCCACGACGCUGGGUGUGGCACUCAUUGAAGGGUACGAUAAUAUGGGUUUUGAGAUUAGCCUUGCUAAGCCGUUUUUGCGGAAGGAGAUGGAGCUGAAGAUGAAAGCCAUCUGCGAAGGCCGCAAGACUCGCCACGAAGUCACGCAGGAGACUAUUGAGCAGUAUCGGGAAGUAUACAUGCGCACGCAGCAGCGGAUGCAGGUGCUGAAAGACUCUGUCCGGAGAUACGUUACGAACCAAGCAUGA